AUGCAAAUGGCUGUUUGCAAUAACGUCGGUCGUACUUCAAUUCAACAUCGCUCUUCUCUAACCCGGCUUCACCUAGACCAUGAGCUGUACGAAGUUCGAUCCAAUCUCUUUCCUAAUCAGCCUUGUUCUCAAAAUGCAGAAGAAGCCUACGAAAGUAUUCGAUUAUUUGGAGAGAAUGCUGCAGAUGGAUGCUGGUCCAUCCAGAUAGACCCCCAAGAAUCAGCCUCGGAACCCAAACUCUCCAAAAUAAUUCAUCCUCAGUUGGUCACAUCGCAUACUCCGCCAUUUGCAAUGCAGCUAGAAUCCUCCCUACUGGAAGAUAUUCGUAAGCGGAAAAACAUAAUUGUACAAAAUGCGAUUGAAAGAGGCAGAAGUAUGAUUCAAGCGCAGAGAAAAGGAGCCCUUAGAAAAAAAAGACUGCUUAUGAAGGACUCAACAACCGAAGAGUUCUCUCAGCGGGCAACAGAAACCGCAAUAGUUUCAUAUUACAACGAACUUUACAGAUCAGCCAUUACCGAACAUGCUCUUUCCCAACUCCGCCUUAGAAUAUCUCCCAGCCCUUAUAGCAUUUCAGCAGAGCAAUUAGCUCUCGCAAAACCCACAAAUGUCCCUUUGCUUACAGCACUUCUGAACGGUAUCAAACGAGGCGCCUCAAUUCCAGAAGGAUUAGCGACUGCUCAAUAUGGAAAUUUUUGUUCAAAAAGGGAUAUCCCAAUAACAGAGACCACGUCAAGUCGGAUUCCGAAGAAACUACUACUCACCCUGAAUCACAUUCAUGUCCUCAAACAGAUUCCCGAUAACAGUGCGGAGUGCAAUUUUCCAGAAAACUUUGCCCUCGUCGAUUACAAAAGAGCUUUGGACAGUUUGGAGUGGUCCGCAGUGCGGACAGUCCAGAACUAA